CAAUAGGGUUGCGGCGCGGAAGGAGCCCCGCCCUUUUCUUAGCCAGGGCCUAGCCUGGGGGAGAGGCCUGCGUUGCUCGGAAGCCAUGGAUAAGAUCGUCCUGCGAGCCCGGGAUGCGUUCGCUUCGGGUCGGUCCCGUCCCGUGAAAUUCCGCAUCCAGCAACUGAAGGCCCUUCAGCAGAUGGUCAAAGAGAAGGAGAAGGAGAUCCUCGGAGCCAUUUCAAGAGAUCUAAAUAAGAGUGAAUACAAUGCCUACAGUCAUGAAGUCAUAAGCAUCCUUGGGGAGAUAGACCACGUGCUGGAGAAACUUCCUGAAUGGGCCGCCCCAGAACCCGUGAAGAAGAACCUCCUGACCAUGAUGGAUGAGGUCUACAUCCACUCAGAGCCACUUGGAGUGAUCUUGAUUAUAGGGGCUUGGAACUAUCCUUUUGUCCUUGUUCUGCAACCAUUAAUAGGAGCCAUUUCUGCGGGGAACGCUGCAAUAAUCAAGCCAUCUGAACUGAGUGAAAACACAGCCAGUCUCUUGGCCAAGAUACUCCCACAAUAUUUAGACAAGGAGUUGUACCAAGUAGUUAAUGGUGGUGUUAAGGAGACCACUGACCUUCUGAAGGAGAGGUUCGACCACAUUCUCUACACGGGAAGCACCAGCGUCGGCAAGAUAGUCAUGGAAGCCGCCGCCAAGCACCUGACCCCUGUGACUCUGGAGCUGGGAGGGAAGAGCCCCUGUUACAUUGAUAAGGACUGUGACCUUGAUAUUGCUUGCAGGCGCAUAACCUGGGGAAAGUACAUGAAUUGCGGGCAGACCUGCAUCGCCCCUGACUACAUCCUGUGUGAGCCGGCCAUCCAGAACCAAAUCGUCCAGAAGAUUAAGGAGACAGUGAAGGAAUUCUACGGAGAAGAUAUCAAAAAGUCCCCUGACUACGAAAGGAUCAUCAACGUUCGCCACUUUAAAAGGUUAACCACUUUGCUCGAAGGACAGAAGAUAGCUUUUGGAGGAGAGUCAGAUGAAGCUACCUGCUAUAUCGCUCCAACUGUCCUCACAGAUGUGAAGCCAGAAUCCAAAGUGAUGCAAGAAGAGAUUUUUGGUCCAAUCCUCCCAUUAGUACUCGUGAAGAAUGCAGAUGAGGCGAUAAAGUUCAUCAAUCAACGAGAAAAGCCCCUGGCCUUAUAUGUGUUUUCCCGUAACAAUCAGCUGAUUAAGAGAAUGAUAGACGAGACCUCCAGCGGCGGGUUCACCGGCAAUGACGUGGUUAUGCACUUCACUCUCAUCUCUUUACCAUUCGGAGGAGUUGGUAACAGCGGAAUGGGAGCGUACCAUGGGAAACACAGUUUCGAUACCUUCUCCCACCGCCGUUCCUGUUUAAUCAAGGGCUUGAGAGGAGAAGUUGCUAACAAGCUCAGAUACCCGCCUAAUAGCCAAUCAAAGGUGGACUGGGCAAAAGUUUUCCUAUUGACACGAUUCAAUAAAGGGAAAAUGGGUUUACUUUUCCUUGCUUUCCUGGGUGUGAUAGCAGCUGUGAUGUGGAAGAUGGCACACAACUGAAGAAGCCCGAAAGGGGCCUUCGAACUUAUCCCCUUCCAGUCCGGUUCCUAUAUUAAUUAUUUUAAAUCAUCCCGAAAAUAUUCCAGAUGUAAAGAUGCCCAUUCUCAUACCAGCCAACCAAAAGCAGAAACAUGCCAUUUCUUAGAGCAGGCAGCUCUCUCCCUUGGUCAAAGUUGAUGCAACCUGGGUCAAGGGGUGCCUGCCUGCUAAUAUCAGGGGUCAAGUCAGGGAAGGUCAGCAAGAACAGCUUCAAACACAAGUCAGCACCUUCCUGGCAAGCUUGUUGUUCCCAGCGGGGUGGGAGAGAGCCCGGAGUCCAGAGAGGGCACAGGAGCUGGUACUAAGUCCAUCUUCCCCCCUUCCUCCCUGAACCCCAGUUUUUUUUUGUAGUAUUUAACUGCUUCUGCAAGUUAAUUAGAUUGAACACAAUUGUUCCACUUUCUAUAUACAACCUGAUUUGGACUGGUCCUGCCCUCCCAUAAGAAACCCAACAAAAGGAAAUAGCCAAACGCUCUCCGGCCUGCUUUUCUGACCUCCCGCUGAGCAGUCAUCCGUCCUUCUGAACUAUUUCCAGAACUUGUUUCCACUUCCUAUCGGGUCUCAGGCUUCACUCGUGAAAACCUGGUAGACUCGUCGGUUUGGGAUCGGUCCUAACAAUAGUAACUUGCUGCUGAUGCUCCCGCUAACGAGGCUACCUUGAAGCUUUUUGGGGCUUCGGGAGGCUGCCUUAAGGUUGUGCUACCUCUCACAGACAAGGUUUUGGGGUCACACUUUUGGGGUUACACUUACUCUCUGCAGUUUUCUAAUCCCAGGAUAUCGAACAGGCCUCAGCUGGGGGUGGGGGUUCUUGGUUCUCGACAUUGGCUCAUCUGGGCUUCACGCUUGCAUUUGCUGGCAGAAAGGCAGCUCCACUAACACCUGUGCUUCUGAAAGAAUUGGGACAAGAGAAGAGACUCUUGGGCUCUUCCAUUCUGUGAGGUAACCAGAUCAGUUAAUCCCUAGCAAGUGAGCUGAAUAACCGGUUUUAACGAAUGGAGUUAAUGAUUUAAUAUUUUCUACCGCAAUGGUCAAUUUAUAAAAGGCUUUGAGGACUGUGAAAAUUAAACUAUAUUUUUACUGCUGUGUUAAUUGUAUAUGAUGUUUGCUGUCUCUAAAGAUAUUUAAUAACUGAAGUAUAUUCAAAAUAUAGUCACUGUAAUUAAUAAAAUGGAAACAAGGUUU